AAACCGUUUUACUGUUCAUGGCAGCUUCGUUAUUAUGAAUUUUGCCAAAUAAACCGAAUUGAACCGUGUGUUCCCCCCCCCCCCUUUCUCUUGGAUAUUCUUCUGGACUGCCUCCAAGAUACAGCGUGACGCCAGGGUAGCUGGGGCUGUGUUUUCGUCAGUGGCUGCAAGGGGGGACGGCUCACUGCAGCACCAGACAACACAAGAUCGCAUGGGCGGCCCAUGGAGUAAAUUAAAACAAAACAAAAAUAGGGGGGGGCAGGCAGAACGUCUGCGGCAUACGAACGACAGUAAACUUCCCACGACCUGCCUUUAAAAAAAAAAAACCCAAGAUCUAUUUGUUUUGAUAGUCGAGAAAGUCUUUUUCCAACGUGCAGAUGUGGAUCGUACCGGAGGAGGUUUUGCUGGCCAACGCGCUGUGGGUUAGCGAAAGGGCGAACCCGUUCUUCAUUCUCCAGCGGAGGAAGGGGCACGGUAAGGGAGGGGGCUUCACAGGUUUGCUGGUGGGUACCUUAGAUGUCGUUCUGGACUCCAGUGCAAGAGUUGCCCCCUACAGGAUACUCCACCAAACUCAGGACUCCCAGAUUUUUUGGAGCAUUGCAUGUGGCUCAUCCCGUAAGGAAAUCACAGAGCACUGGGAGUGGCUGGAGGCGAACCUGCUACAGACCCUCUCCAUCUUCGAAAAUGAGGAGGACAUCACAACCUUUGUCAAGGGCAAGAUCCAGGGAAUCAUUGCAGAGGAGAACAAGAGCAAAGAGACGACCGAGGAAGAGGAUUCAGGGAAGUUCCGGGAGGCAGAGCUGAAGAUGCGGAAGCUGUUUGGAAUGCCCGAUGAGGAGAAACUGGUGAACUACUACUCCUGCAGCUACUGGAAGGGGCGUGUCCCUCGCCAGGGUUGGCUCUACCUGAGUGUCAAUCAUCUCUGUUUCUACUCCUUCCUGCUUGGCAAGGAAGUGACGCUGGUGGUCCAGUGGACUGAUGUGACUCAGCUGGAGAAGAACGCCACUCUGCUGUUCCCAGAGAGCAUCCGCGUCAGCACCCGGGACUCUGAGCACUACUUCUCCAUGUUCCUCAAUAUCAAUGAGACCUUCAAACUGAUGGAGCAGCUGGCCAACAUCGCCAUGAGGCAGCUGCUUGACAACGAGUCCUUCUCUGCUGACCGCUCACUCCCCAGGCCUUGCAAACCUCUGAAAAAUGUCUCUGCACUGAAGAGGGAUCUGGAUGCACGUGCGAAGAACGAGAGGUACCGCGCCACUUUCCGGCUGACUCAAGAUGAGAAGCUGGAUGGUCACACAGAUUGCACCCUGUGGACCCCCUUCAGCAAGAUGCAUGUGGCAGGACAGAUGUACGUCUCCAACAAUUACAUCUGCUUCUCCAGCAAGGAAGAGGACUUUUGCCAGCUAAUCAUCCCAUUACGAGAGGUGACAAUUGUAGAGAAAGCAGACAGCAGCAGUGUACUGCCUAGCCCCCUGUCCAUUAGCACGAAGAGCAAGAUGACUUUCCUGUUUGCCAAUCUGAAGGACCAGGACUUUCUGGUGCAGAGGAUCUCUGAUUUCCUGCAGCGUACCCCCGAGAAACUGUGGCACAAUGGGAAAGAGCAGUCUGACCCCCCCAGUCCUGGAUUCCCCUUGUCUGCCAGCCCCCCGUCACCUGGCUCCAGCCAGCCGGGACGGUUCUACAGUCCUGACCUGCCCACUGCUGCCCAGGGCCUCCUCAGCAUCUUCAGGAGGGACGCUCCUGAGGACCUGGGGCCCAAAGCAACCAAGGAGAAGAUGAAGGAGGAGUUGUGGAAUAUCCAUUUCUUUGAGUAUGGCCGGGGGGUGUGUAUGUACCGCACAUCAAAGACGCGGGAUCUGGUCCUGAAAGGCAUUCCUGACAGCCUCCGAGGAGAGCUGUGGUUGCUGUUCUCAGGGGCACAGAAUGAAAUGGCAACACAUCCGGGCUACUACGCCGAGCUGGUGGAGCAGUCCAUGGGGCGCUGCACACUGGCCACAGAGGAGAUCGAGAGGGACCUGCACCGCUCGAUGCCUGAGCACCACGCUUUCCAGAACGAGAUGGGCAUCGCCGCCCUGCGCCGCGUUCUCACCGCCUACGCCUGUCGCAACCCUAACAUUGGCUACUGCCAGGCAAUGAAUAUUGUCACCUCGGUGCUGCUGCUGUACUGCAGUGAGGAGCAGGCUUUCUGGUUGCUGGUGGCUCUGUGUGAGAGGAUGUUGCCAGACUACUACAACACCAGGGUGGUUGGAGCUCUGGUGGACCAGGGUGUGUUUGAGGAGCUGACACGGGAAUGCCUUCCCCUUCUGUACGAGCGCAUGCAGGAGCUUGGCGUCAUCUCCACCAUCUCACUCUCCUGGUUCCUCACUCUUUUUCUCAGCGUCAUGCCCUUCGAAAGCGCGGUUCUGGUCGUCGACUGUUUUUUCUAUGAGGGCAUCAAGCUCAUCUUUCAGGUGUCUCUGGCUGUACUCCACGCCAACAUGGAGCAGCUUCUGGCCUGCAGUGAUGAAGGAGAGGCCAUGACUAUCCUGGGGAGGUACCUGGACAAUGUUGUGAACAAACAGACCCCCUCUCCACCCAUCCCUCACCUCCAUGCCUUACUGACGAGCGGGGAUGAGCCACCACCUGAAAUAGAUGUGUUUGACCUCAUAAAGUCAUCCUACGAGAAAUUUGGCACUCUGCGGGCAGAUGUCAUUGAGCAGAUGAGAUUCAGGCAGAGGCUGAAAGUGAUUCAGUCAUUAGAGGAUACAGCGAAACGAAGUGUGGUGAGAGCUAUCAUGACUGAGUCAGCCUUCGGUAUAGAUGAGCUGGAAGAGCUGUAUGUUCUCUUCAAGGCUAAACACAUCAUGAGCUGCUACUGGGGGGCAAGUUCCAGCGCAGCAGAGCGCCAUGACCCCAGCCUGCCCUACCUGGAGCAGUACCGCAUCGACAUGGGUCAGUUCAGCCAGCUGUUUGGGGCGCUCACGCCUUGGAGCUGCGGGGUGCACACCCUCGCUCUUGCUGCACGCCUCUUCCGGCUUCUGGACCAAAACAAGGACGGCCUCAUCAACUUCAAGGAGUUUGUCACCGGCCUCAGUGGGAUGUACCAUGGAGACAUGACUGAAAAACUCAAGAUGCUUUUCAAACUGCAUUUGCCUCCAGCCCUUUGUCCAGAAGAGGCAGAAUCGGCACUAGAGGCCACUCAGUUCUUCACAGAUGAUGCCAGCCCACAAGAUUCUCCCUUCCUGUCUGAAAUGGACUUCCUGCUGCAGGACGUGAUCUCAGGGGAGAAUGCCAAACCUAUUGCAACUGAAGAAGGGACAAGCAAUGGAAAUUCAGAAAACAAGAAAGAGGAGAAGCCCCAGGAUUACAAAUAUUAUCUUCGAAUGUGGGCCAAGGAAAGGGAACCCAAGAAAGAGACUAUUAAAGAUCUGCCCAAGAUGAACCAGGAGCAGUUUAUUGAGCUCUGCAAAACCCUCUACAAUAUGUUCAGCGAAGACUCAUGUGAACAGGAGCUGUAUCAUUCCAUUGCUACAGUGGCCAGCCUCCUGCUGCAAAUAGGAGAGGUUGGCAAGAAGUUCUCCAGCAAUGGGGGGAAAAAACCCGAACACAAUGAUGUCGCAGGCCCGGUCUCAGACAUGCCUGAAGAGGAGAGGCCAGCGGAAAGCCCAGGAGGGAAUCCCAAAGAGGCUCAGGUCUCCCAGGCUGCUGAAGAACCGGCAGAGGUACCCCAGUUGCCGGCUUCAGAUGAAGAUACCAAAGAUGACACCUCUGUGUCUUCGUACUCCAUGGUAAGCGCAGGCUCCCUGCAGUGUGAAGACAUCUCCGAUGACACAGUGCUGAUUGGCUGCGGAGAUCAGCGCAGGGGCAGCAGCCUGGAUGGGGAUUGGUCCAUCUCGUUUGAGCAAAUCUUAGCCUCCAUCCUGACCGAAUCCCCCCUGGUGGAUUACUUUGAGAAAAAGGUGGACAUUAGAGCUAAGAUGGCAGCUUGCAAGGCCCAGCGGACAGUGGAGAGGCAGGUUAGCUCCUCCAGUGAAUGUGAGCUACCCCUGCUCUCGGGCUGAUGAUUUGAUUAAUCUGUCACGGAUAUCGCUGAUGCAUUAACCACCUUCCACAUUCCCCUUUUUGGUUCAGACGGCCUUGGAACACCCAGAGUUUGGGAUAACCGCUAAACCUGGGAUAUGCUCGUAUUACUCCUGAUUCCAGUUACACCUACUGGCUUUAUUAGGAUUUUUGUUUAUUUUGUUUGUUUUUUUUAAAAACAUAUGUAUAAAAAUUUCUUCAGAAACAAUUUAAUAUUAGUUUGACUUUCAUGAUUUGCACAUUAUCUAAUUGCCAGAAUCCACAGUUACACACUGAACAGUAUUUUCAAUGCAUCUUGUUCUCAUGUUCCUAAAACUGAGAAUAUUGGUGGAAUUACGCUUGUGUCAUACCAAAGGUAUUAUUCGAUAAGUAUGUUAAUUUUAAAGGUUUACAAAUAACAGGAUGUAAGAAAAAAGGCUUUGCAUAUUAAACCUACAAAUAUAUGCGUAAAUAUGAAAAAUGUACACACAUGUACAGCACCCCAUGUGAAGCUGGAUUUCAGUCACUUGAGAAAAGCAUAUUUUAGACUCUGAAGAUACAAAAGAUCACAUUUAAAUAUCUCGUUUUGUACCACACCUGGGGCAGAGGCAUGCAGAAAAGCUCUGAGAACGUGUUAGUAUUCCAGCAGAGGUUAAAGAAAAGCACGAAGCUGCUAUAGUGAUUUCAGUCAUGAGCAACAGCUUAAUGUUGUCUACAGGCAAAUCUAAUAUCGAUCAUUUUAAACUUAUUUUAAUCAAAUAAAACUACCUCUGAUAGUCUCUAAUGUUGGUUAGUUUGUUUUUUUCUUCAUUCUCUGCUUAGUUUUUUUCCCUGAUAAAUGAUAGCCCAACAUACAGUAAAUGUAACGUCACUUGCCUUUUAUUGUCUAAAGAUCUAGCCUUAACUGAUGUACUUAUUUUAUUAUCAGAUUUACUGUGAUUGAUUGACUGUGUGGAAAGAAGGAAGAACUAUUUUAGCAAGACUGUUGUUAAGUAGAUAGGUAAAAAUAUUUGGAUUUGUGGUCUUCUAUCAGACAGCCCUUUGCUGGAUUAUCUUUAAGACAAGGUAAAUUGAAUGCAAGGAACAUCAUUAUUGUGAUGUGCUCGGCAUCAGGUGUUUCAGGAUUCUCAUGUAUUUGGGUCUGAUGUGCAUUUUAAUCACUGGGAGAUCAAUUUGAUUUUAUCAUUUAACGUGUAUUAUAAAACAUACACUUUAAUAUGAGCUGUUUUGCCUUAGAAUCAAUUGACCUGGAAUUAAUGCUGCUUCCAAGCCUUAAAACUGUUUAAAUUGCUCUGAUUAAAUAUCCAACUGUGACCUGGAAUUAUAAGGUACCGGCAAGACUUUUAUCUUCAGAUAAUUUGUUUAAAGAUGGAAUUGCCAUUGUAGAACAGUUUGCAAUAUUGCAUAAUUUCCAUAUUAAAACCUAACCAAUUACAUAGAGUUCCACAUGGAAUACUCACGUGAUUAAUGUUUACCUUUAGAAACACUGUGAAUCACAGCCCAAAUAUACAUCAAGGUCCUAAGGUGUUACUGCCACAACUGGGAGCUUAUUUUCUGACUGUGCAUGAUCUACAUUUAAAUGACUAUCAGAAUAAUAUAUAAAUGUUUUCAGUUUUGCAAACCGCAUUUCAUGCUGCUUUACAAUAGUAGUCGGAAAACUGUAGAGUUUGUACUUCCUUAAAUUCCAUAGUGUGAUCCAACAUUAACAUAGUCUCUUGGUUAAGAGAGUUUGCACAAUAGAGAACUGGAGUUCAGUGUUAUAAUUACUUUGUCUAGUUUGAAUGUAUGAGCUGUAGAUGUCAUAAGCUAUGAAUUACUAUCCAUAAUAGUUUCCUUAAUUAUAUUAUGAAUUCUUAAGCAUUAUUCAAAUCUCAGUGUUUUUUUUUUUCUAAUUGCAAUAUGGAGUUUUGUUUCACUUCCGUUCAUGCUGUAAUUUCUUUAUAGAGUAGGAAAUCUUAGGAAACAAUUUCAAGGUACUUCACUGUACUUUUUAAGCGACACACCCAUGUUUAUGUACAUUUUUCAUUUAAAAAAUAAAAAAGCCUUAGGUAUUCGAUAAGUGUGAAUGUUUUAGCUGGGACUUGAGAACACAGAUUUUGAAUUUGUAUAGCAUCGAUGUUUGCUUUAUUUUGAUGUUCAUGAUAUUCAUGGUCACGGAGUAAUAGGCGUUACGUAAUUUGCUUCUUUCAUGCUCAUGCAGGUCUUGUCAAUAGAUGCAGAAAAACAUGUACAAAGUUGAAGGGGCUUUAGAAAUAAAGCAUAACAUGUCCACUUCUGUUUGCAGCUGUAGAAGUGCAUAUAUCCCUGAUACUGUAGAUAGUUCAGCAGGUGUUUUUUAUGAUGCAUAGUUCUUCUUUUCAUGUUGGCAUAUUCAAUGCAAAGGUAGUUAUGGAAUUUCUUGAAGAUCCCGGAACUAUUGUAUUUAUAACUCCAAGAGCAGAAUUUUGCACUUGAUCUACAAAGCCAGAUAAUGCAGAAUAAUGUGUCUGUGAGUGCUGGUCAUCUAUCAUGUUUUAAUUUCUUUACUACUUGUCUUUGUGUGCACCAUUUAUUUUAUUACCAUUUAUGACCAAUCACAUAGAAUGGGACCUAUUUUAUACUGCACUCCUUUCUCAUAAAUUUUAACAGUUUUUAAUUAUUACAUGAAAAUAUCAUAAACAAGGUUUACUCAUACACUUUCACUUUCAACUAUAUUACUAAUGUAUACACAAAUCAACAUGAAAAUUAUUCAGAUUUAAAAGACACUAAUGAAAAAAAAUGCCUGUGGGCAGAAACUAUUCCUGAUUUUUUUUUUCUUUUAAACUGCAUCUGUUUUUAUUGCAACUAUUCCCUUUUGGCUAUGUAACCUCAGGCUUUGCUAGAUGUGCUGUUUGUCCUACAUUACUUCUCUAAUUUAUUAUUUAUUUACAUGCAUCUGUUUAGUGCUGACCUGGGGUUUUUAAUUGUCCUUGAAAAGACUGUACUGUACAGUAUGUCUGAUGUAUCUAUGAUCAUGUAAUAAAAGCGCUGAAUUAAAACUAA